GACCACGGUCUCGUCCGGGACUCGCGAACUCAUCCCAUCCACAACCCAACACGUCACUCCCUCACUCAUCAAUGGCUUCCUCUUUGCCCGGCUUCCUCUCCUUCCUGUUACCCUCCAAAACGCCGCCGCCGCCGCCGCCGCCGGUCCUGUCCCUCUCCACUUCGCCUUCGCCGGCUCCUUCGCAGACCAUCCGACAAUCGCGCCGCGAAUCCGCUCCUCCAGCGCCCCCGGGCCGAGAGCCUCCGACCUCCGAGUUGUCCUCCGUCAUGUGCCCCUCCCUGGCGUACGCCAACACCCUCUUCUUCCGGUCGGCGUACAACGUUCAGGUGGUCGUCGCCGACAACGAGCCCGAGGAGCGGCUCCUCAACCGGUUCCGCAGGGAGGUCAUGAGGGCCGGGGUCAUCCAGGAGUGCAAGCGGCGCAGGUUCUUCGAGAACUCGCAGGACGAGAAGAAGCGCAAGACUCGCGAGGCCGCGAAGCGCAAUCGCAAGAGGCGCCCCUUCUCAAGAGCUGCUUCACAGAACAAGGACGAGACCGCUACAAGUAAGAAGAAUGAUGACGAAGGAGAUAACUGGGAUCUUCCAGAAGAGGAUAUUCCCAAUUGAUUUACUCUUGCUCUUUCUUGUUUGAGGACUUCUUGCCUUUGGUUUCAGGAGCUGUUUUGCUUUUUCUAUGUUGCGGUAACACCGGUUCUCGAAGUAUUGAGUAUAUUACACCUUUUU